UGACAAACAAAUCGAACCACGUGAUCAAAGUCUUCACAAUAAAAAAGUCAGUCAAAAUGGCGAAGAAAAAGGAGAGAAUGAAAGCCUCUGCCUUGAGUUUGUUUAUAUAUGUUUUUGUGCCUACAAGUGUUUUCACAUUAUCCAUCAUAUCAGACCCGAGGAUUGUGUCUAAGGUAGAAUACACAUCUGAUUGUAUUGAUGACUUGGGUACGAUCCGAGCUCAUGGCGAUGUAUGGGCGACAACCGGAGGAUGCGAUAGAAACAGAUGCUGGCAUGGGACACUCAAGAACUAUCUUAUUUUACACAGUUGCACUGAGGUAACAGAUAGUUACAAUCCUGACAGCCCUAACUGUGUACCUGUAGCAAAUACUACACUGUCAUUUCCUGGGUGUUGUCCUGAACUGUCAUGUGCUACAGCCAGUCCAGUCACAACUAUCUCACCAACAGCGUGUUAUGACCGUUCUUCAUCCUUUGCCUGCUCCUUUUGGUACAAUAUGACUGGUGGGUGUCAGCCUGGUGUGGAUACUUACAAUGAUAGACUUUAUAACUAUACACUGAUUGGAUGUAGGCAACUCUGUGGGCACUGUUGAUCAGAACAGCCAGAUAUAAUGACAUUCCAAUCAUCUAGUAAAUCAUGUUAACCACUGUGAUAUCUAUAUUAUAUACAUGGGCUGGUCCCAUUUUUUGUUUGUUAAAAUUUUAACCUAUUUCAGUACAUACAUAUAAUUUUAUACAUGCAUAUAUUCCGUCCUUCAGACAUUUCAAUUAUUGUAGUUGAUCUGUCUUAUAUCAGCUUGAUAUUUAUCGAUUUAUAUCAGAAGACAUUAUAUAAUGGUCAAUACAAUUUUUGUGAUUUUUUUAAAAUGAUGAACAUAUUUUUAUUUGAAUAAAAGAUGGUACGAUUUUUAGUACAUGUUAAAAAUACAUCCUUCUUUUUCAAUAUACAUUCUUUUAUAAUGUAAGAUAAUUCAGUAAAUGAUGAGAUUAUACAAAAUCCUUUUUUUUUUUUUACUUACAUGUUGUGAACUUCAACUAAUAUAAAGCACAACCUGUGCUUCAAAGAGACAGACAGUCACAGUUUUACAACUAUGUUUUGUUCUUCUCAACUCUGAAAAAUCUCAAUUAUGACACGAAAUUAAUAACAUCAGUCAAAUGUGUCAUACUGCCUUACCUCAUAAUUACCUUUUUUCAGUUUAAAAAUAAUGGCAUUGUUUUAUUUUUCGUAAAUUUUCAUAAUUUAAAAUCCACAAAUGUAACUUUUUCUUAUAUAUGUUUGAAACGUAAAAUAACAUUAUUACACUUUUAAUUUGAUUUACUAAAAUAAAUCAGAACAACUGAAAGUAAAUAAUUCUAUAAAAUUGACAGAUAUAUUGUUUGUUAUUUUAAUUUUAAAAUUAAAUAUUUUAUACACCUUCAUAACUGUAUUGUCAUUCCUUAGGGAAAGGUUGACCACUGGCUAACAUAUUUUACCCACCACAUUAAGUAUCUACUAUACCAAAACCAGGAGCCUGUAAUACAGUGGUUAUCUUUAGUUGCUGUAAGCAAUUGGAGGUAUUGUACUGCCUUCAACAAUGAAUAAAAGCCCAUACUGCUUACAUUGCUGUAGCAUUGAAACUAUAGAAGACCCUGACACAUUAAAAUGUAAAUUCAUUAGAAUAAGAAAACCAACAGCCUGAUGUUUUUAGAAAACAAUAAAUGAAAGACAAAUAAGAUAGAAACACUAAGUAUUGUUCACAUAUCAGGUAUAGCUAUUGAGUAAAUGCAUAACCUGAAAUAUUGGUACCAAGAACAAAACAAGUUGCAACAACUUAACACACUGCACAUGUGUCAUAUAUUACAGACUUCAGUGGCGGAUCCAGGGAGAGGGUUCCAGAGG